AUGCAAUACACUAUCAUCACCUCUCUCCUGGCUGCGCCAUUGUUUGCGCUUGCUCAGUUUCCACCGCCAGUCGAGUAUUCAAACAUCCUCAAGUCGCCUAUCAACGAGAAUAUCACAGUUGCGUACAAGACUCCACCUGCUGGCACGUGCACCACAGCUUUCAGCACCCAGAAACAGUUCACUGGCUACAUCGUCAUUCAGAUGGCAGACGGCAGCUAUGGCACUCAGGCACGUAUGUGGGGCUGGGACAGGAGCUCAAAUGUCCUUUUCAUAGACCAGCCGACCCAGGUUGGACUUUCCUACGACUCCCUUACGAACCUGACCUACGAUCUUUUCGAAGAUCAAUAUCUGCCGUACGACUUUCAGAACGACACUUCUGGCAAUACCAGGCCCGCUUAUGCACUUAUGAACGGAACCUUCAGCUCUGGCGAUCCUGAAUUCACCACCAACACGACCGAUAUCUCAGCUAGAGCUGCGUGGCAUUUCCUCCAAAGUUUCUUGGCCGCGUUCCCACAGUACAACCCAGGUGUCCGCCCGAACAGCUCCCAUGUCUCGACUACUGGUGUCAAUCUCUUUGCUGAGAGUUAUGGCGGCACAUACGGUCCAACCUUUGCCAAUUACUUCGAGGAACAGAACGCAAAACGCGAAAACGGCACCUUGCCCAAGAACUCCACCUUGGAAAUCAAGCUCACGUCCUUGGGAAUUGUCAAUGGCCUCAUCGACUCAUUGAUUCAGGACUACUACUACGCUACCUUCGCCUACAACAAUACAUUCGGCAUCCAGACAAUCUCACAAACAGACGAACUCAACUUGAUCGAGCAGUAUAACAAUCAGUGCAGCAGACAGACCAAUCUAUGUCGCGCAAUCGCCAACGGGACCGAUCCAGAGGGUGAAGGCGACAGUGCGCGGGCCAACGUCGCAUGCCAAGCUGCCACCUACUACUGCAAUAGUCUGAUGAACCCUUUUCAGAAGAGCAAUCUCAGCGUUUACGACAUCCGUGUCAAAAAUCCCUCGCCGGAUCCAUCUAACGCCUACUUGGAGUACCUCAACACGGCAUCGGUGCAGGAAGCCAUCGGCGCUCGCGUCAACUACACAACCAGCAGCAGUGCUGUGAUGAAUGCCUUUGUCAUGACAGGAGACUCGAUUCGAGGUGGUCAGAUUCAAGAGAUUGCCAACCUCCUCCGCGCUGGAGUGCGUGUAUCUCUGAUGUAUGGUGACGCUGAUUAUAUUGCUGCCUCGUUCGCUGUCGCAGCUGCUCUAUCGGACUUUCCUUCGAACGGAUCGACACCCUCGUACCUUGCUGGCUGGAACAGUGCGGGUUACGCGGAUAUCGUUGUCAACACGAGUUACGUUGGAGGUGCUGUACGUCAGUUUGGUAACUUCUCGUUCAGCCGAAUCUACGAUGCAGGACACAUGGUGCCAUUCUACCAACCGGAGACGGCCUUCACAAUUUUUACACGCAUCAUCGAUGGUACCGAGUUGAGCACAGGAGAACCGAUUGACCUUUCCGACUUCAAGUCAUCCGGCCCAAUGAACUCGACCCACAUGAACUCGCCGCUUGCUAAGCAGCCUGCACCGACCUGCUGGAUCCGCGCAAUGCAGGACACUUGCUCCGCUGAGCAAAUCGAAGACAUGCAAGAGGGCAAGGGUAUUGUGGCUGGAGGGAUAUGGUACUCGAAUUCGAAGCAGUACAGCGCUCCUAGCAGUACCGUGACUGCAGGCAAGCCUGGUACACCAGUGACUUCAUCUUCGACGAGCUCGAGGUCCACCAGUGGUAGCACCACAUCAACCGUUGCACUGACUGGAGUGUUCACAGCGACUGCAACUCCCAGUCCCACUCAAGGAGCAGCUUCAGGAGCACAUGAUGCUAUGCACGAGUGGAUUCAGAAUGCUACCCAACAUGCAAACCAUAUCUUCAAUGCGGUGCACAGUUCUCUGCGCCAGUUUGGAUCGAGUCUGAACCAUAAUGGUAUGAGUUUGUUUAUCGCUACGGUGCCAGAGGGCACGGAGUUUUAUCAUGGAACUGAGAAGAGCGAGCGUGUGGAGGGAAUGCAGUGGCUUGCUUUUGAGCCUGAGCAUGCUUUGAUUUUUGCGAGAGGGAGGAGGGGACCGCCGCCUGGUGAUGGUCAUGGACCUCCUGCCGAUGGUCGUGGACCUCCUGCCGAUGAAGAGGGAGAUGAGACGGCUGAAGGAACCUCAUCCCAAUCAGAACUGGAGAGCGAAGACAAAGAGAAGCACCAUAUUCCUGAGGGCCGACCGAGACAUCGCGGAGGCAAAGAUGGCAAGAGUCGGAUCGGUAAACCCCAUGGCGACAAUGGAUGUCAUGGCCCUUCUCGUAACGACUCUCGUCCGGAUGGUCCGCAUCAUGGUCCGCCACCACCACCACCUCAUCGUGGCCCUCCUGGACACCACCACGAUGAUACGCCGAGACGCUGCCCUCCUGGAGAAGGCCAUCUUCCAUCAUCAUGGACCACCCCCGAUUGGUUCAAGCACCACGAUGAGAACCACGAUGAGAACCACGAUGAGGACCACGAUGAUCGCGACCAUCCCGAGCACCACGGAUCACCACCUCAUGAGGGGUUCGACGGACUGAGUGGCCCACACCACGAUCAUCCUGAUCACCAUGACUUCCCCAUACUACCAAUCGGUUACUGGGUUCAUCGCCUCGGAGACCUGAUGCGCAAUCCAAAGCGGCGCCAUGUACCUCCUCCAAAGGAUAUAUCUUCCAAGCCCAUGCAGUCUGAGAUGAUCGAAACACGAGCAGAGCAAGAACCGCUGGCUCCAGGCAACCCUGGAGACAACAACUCAGGGUACUUGCACACUUACCGUACGAAACACAAUCUGCGACUACUCUACGUGGAUGGUCAAUCCGCUGCAAAGUCCAAGAAGGGCACUCUUGACACUCAGGAUGUACUGCUUCUGGAGAACAGCAUCGAUAACGACUCUGGCAUGUUUGGCGAGAGAGAGCGCGCCGAACAGCUCUGCAAGCUGGUUCACGAGCAAUGGGAUGAUAGUAUCGACGGCAUCCUUCGCAUGGAAGGUGGCUUCGAGAUUAUCUUGUGCGACUUUGCUGCUCAUCUCGAUGUUGUCAGUAUUGCUAAGACGAACCCCAAAGCUGGUGGCGGCUUUGGCGGUGGUGCCGACAAUGGAGAUGGCUUCAACUACUAUCGCGCUGUUGCUGCUCGCUAUCAUGGUGUUGGUGGUGGUCGUGCUGUGCUGGACUAUGAAGGGUUUGUCUCUGCCUUUGCGUAUCCGGAAGCCGUCACAUUCGACAGUACUGGUCGUCCUCGUCUCAACAACGAAUCUUCUGCUAUGGACAGCGUGCGUCAAGCAGUGGAUAAGAUGAUCUUGCAAGAGGAAGAACGUACUGACUCUGUCAACUGGCAAGCCAUUACCGAUAUGGUAGUCGCACGCUAUGCCGACCGUAUCGAAUACCUUGCUUCGGGCUCUCUGACAACUUUGUCAACGUUAAAAGCAGAGAUUGAACGUGCGCUUCGUCCGUUCAUCGACUACAGUGCCCGCAACAGCAGCUCAGAGAUUGAACGAUGUGCUUCCCAGUUCAUCCCUGGUCAUGUUUCCUCUACAUCUACGAUUGUAGCAGCUCAGGCAAUACGUCAAGUCACACGCACCCUCUGCUCAAGCUUGAUGAUUGCAUCCGAGCAAACAGACUACACUACUGCAUUCGAUCAAAUCAAACAGCUGAAAGAGUACCUGGCCUGGACCACAUGGAAGCAAUGCCGUGGCUGUGCUGCAGAUGAGAUAUGUUUCUUGCCCAUCUGGCCUGUCGGUACAGCAGAGGACUUUGAGCAGCCGAAGUGCAGGUCUGAUGUUAGUCUUGCACCUGGAAAUGGUGGUGGAGACCGCUAUUGGAACGAUCUUGGUGGACCUGGAGGCAAGGGUCCUGGGCCACAGAAGCGUAGGAAAAAGAAUAUUUGA